AUGGACGACGCUAAAAAAUUGAAAAAGAUUGAAUUUAAAGUUUCUGCACCUGGCAGAAUAAUUUUAUCCGGCGAACCUUCAAUGAUGUAUGGAAGAAAUGUUGUAUCAGCCAGCAUAGAUCUUCGAACAACGCUUAAAUUUUGCGAAAUAACUGAUAAUCGAAAAAAUAUCAUUGAGAUAGAUUUCCCUGAUAUCGAUUUAUACUUGAAUUUAUCUCUAGAACAUGUUCUAAAUUUCUUUUUAUAUAAUAAUAAUAAUAACGCUAAUCUCUUCAUAGAAGAAUACAUCAUGUUGCUUAUACACGUGCAAUAUUUUAUCACAGUAAACGGCAUGUGGAGCACAUACGAACAAAGAUUUAGUUUACAAACAUUUUUUUUCCUCUUUAUUUAUACUAUUUUAAACGAGGAGCUAAGUGCAAAAUCUUUCCACGUGUGCCUGACUUCCCAAUUACCUAUGCGCGCUGGUCUAGGCAGUUCAACAUCGUUCGCGACAUGUCUCGCGGCAUGCUUUCUACAUUGGGCACGCCUGCAAGAAGGUAUCGACGAAUUUAGUGAUGAGGAUUUAGAACAAAUUUCGGAUCGUGUUUGGUAUUGCGAGGAAAUUCUACAAAACUAUGUAAGCAAUAUUGACAACGAGGUGUGCUCAUACGGCAAAAUAAUACGAUUUCGACACGGUAAUCGGACAGAUCCUAAUUUUAAAAGAUUUCUGAACGUAUCAAAAAUAAAAAUUCUGCUGAUCGACUCAAGAAUUCGCCAAAAUAAAUUCGAACAAGUGAAAAGAUUGGCGGAGAUGAAAUUUUCCAAUUCUACGAUUUUAAAUAUGAUUUUGAAUAAUAUCAAUUAUAUAUCAGAGGAGGUUUGUAAUACUCUUACAAAUAUUGAUUAUAUUCAAAAAAUCAAUUUUCCAACAAAACAAUUAGAGUUACAGAAUGCAUAUGAAACAUUGAAACAUUUCGUUCUAUUACAUCAAUUAUAUUUUUGUUUCUUGAAAUUGUCACAUCCAAAUAUUGAUAUGAUUUGUGACAUUGUGAAAGAAUAUGGUUUUGCGGGAAAAAUUACAAAUUUUGGUGGAAGAUAUGUAUGUAUUUUAUUGCCGCCAGAUGCAAUAGAUGAAGAUGUCAUGAUGCUUUCGGCACACCUAAUGAGCCUGGGUUAUUAUGCCACAAAGACUAGCAUGAGUUGUAGUGGAGUGAGAAUUGAUAAUUCGUAUUAA